AUGGAUAAUGCUUCUGCUGUGAGAAUCUUCACUCUCUCAGGGAUAAACGAGACGGUGAACUACAGAAUCACCAUCUUCUCCCUCACUCUGCUGUACUACGGCAUCAUUUUGUUUGUUAACUUUGCUCUCAUUGUGAUCAUCGCUCUAGAUGAGAACCUGCAUGAGCCCAUGUACAUUUUACUGGCUAGUUUUUGCAUUAAUGGACUGUAUGGAUCCACAGGCUUCUACCCUAAAUUCCUGUUCGAUCUGCUGUCGUCUUCUCAAGAAAUCUCGUAUGAAGGAUGCCUCUUCCAGGCGUAUGUCAUGUACUCGUUUGCUUGCUGCGAUUUGUCCAUCCUGGCGGUCAUGGCUUACGACAGGUACCUGGCUAUCUGUCGACCUCUGCACUACCACGCCUUCAUGACUAAGAGGAGGCUCUCCCAGCUGGUGUGCUUCUCCUGGUUAAUUCCUUUGUCCGUUUUCUCUGUCAGUAUUCUGCUAACGUCUACAAGAAAGUUAUGCAGCUCAAAGAUUCAGAAGCUCUACUGUGUGAACUGGCUGAUCGUUCAGCUGGUCUGCCCCGACAGCAACAUCCUUUCUAAUACUAUAGUUUCAUAUACAACCAUUUUUCUCUACGUGGUACACGGCUUCUUCAUCAUGUGGACCUACAUGCAUCUGAUAAAAACGUGCGUGAGGUCCAAAGAAGACAGGCUGAAGUUCAUGCAGACGUGCGUGCCUCAUUUGAUCUCUCUGGUGACGUUCAUGUUCGUGAUGCUUUUUGAUCUGAUGUACAUGCGGUUCGGCUCCUCGUCUUUGCCUCAAAGUCUCCAGAACUUCAUGGCUUUAAUAUUUCUGCUCGUUCCUCCGGUCAUGAAUCCUCUCAUAUAUGGAUUUAAACUGACCAAAAUACGGACCAGAAUUCUGGGUUUGAUUUGUGUUCAGAGGAAAUGA